UUCAAACUCAUUUUUGGAGAAAACUUUAUUGCUCUUCAUUACUAUUCUUAACAACUAUGGGUUCAUUAGGUUCAUUGAACUCAAUCAACGAAGAAGAAUUGUUAAUUCAAAAUGUUUCUGAAAUCUACAACAACUUAUCAAUCUUAGAGAGCCUCAAACCUUCAAAGGAUGUCAACAGCCUUUUCACACAACUAGUACAAACUUGCAUUCCACCAUCUCCAAUUGAUGUCACCAAGCUCUCAGUCACAGACCAAGGAAUCCGUUCCGAACUCAUUCGUCUCUGUGGGGAAGCUGAAGGCCUCUUAGAAGCUCAUUAUUCGAGCCUUUUAGGUGCUUACGAUAACCCACUUGAUCAUAUAACCACCUUUCCAUAUUACACAAAUUAUGUCAAACUUGGCCGCCUUGAGUAUACUAUACUGAGCAAUUAUAUCACAAACUCAAACCCGAAUCACAUCGCUUUCAUUGGUUCCGGUCCAAUGCCUCUUACUUCCAUUGUGUUGGCUUCAAACCACUUGAAGACCACUACCUUUCACAAUUACGAUAUCGAUGUAUCUGCCAAUGCUUUGGCUUCUAAGUUGGUUUCUGCGGAUCCUGACUUGUCGAACCGUAUGUUAUUUCAUGAUACUGAUAUUAUGGAUGUCACUAACGGUUUAUACGACUAUGAGGUUGUUUUCUUGGCUGCUUUAGUUGGUUUGAACAAAGCCGACAAACGUAAAGUUAUUGAUCAUUUGGCCAAGCACAUGUCACCAGGAUCCUUGCUAAUGUUGAGGAGUGCUCAUGGUGCUCGUGGGUUUCUCUAUCCGAUUGUUGAGCCUAGUGAUUUACCUGGUUUUGAGGUUCUCGCGGUCUUUCAUCCGAUGGACGAGGUAAUAAAUUCAGUUCUUGUUGCCCGUAAGAUUAAGAACAAAGAAUUGCAGUAUUAAUUCAUUAUCGAUCAGUAAGGCUUGGACCGCUUAUUGUGAGCAUCUGGAUAUCUUCUUUACUGCCGUUUUUUAUUUAUGAGUUAGUAGAGGUUGGUGGGGAAGUGGAGAAGCCUACUAAAAUAAAUUUACGUAUUUUCUAUGUCUUCUAAGAGGAUAGAAGCUUGAAGACUUACUAUAGAGUGUGAUUUUCUUUGUUUUGUUAUUGUUUCUUCUUUGUUUUCUGAUUUCCAAGUUUUCUUUUUUUUGUUUGUGAGGUUUGGGUUUCCUUAACCCACUUGAAUGUUCGAUUAAAAAAUAAA